GGCAUUAAUAUAUCACAUUGAACAUUCGAAAAAGAAAAAAAAAGAAUAGUCUUAUCAAUUCCGUUCUAACUGAAGAUUUCGCCGAAUAUUGUUGCGGUGUGCAUCUUACAUGUUCGUGAACAAUUUGUUAAAAGCUAUUUUGUCUAAUUUUAGUCAAUUAGGCCUUACUCAUGGGUGCAUUUUGUUAAAACUGGCUCACAUGUACCAGACAAGCGGCGCGUCACGUGUUCUGCGAUCACCGAUUACAAAUUGUCACUGAAAGCUAGUUGAUAGGGUAACCGACUUCGAAGCGUUCGCGUCCCGUGAAAACACGUGCGAGGAUUCCGGCGUUGUGCGUCAAAGACAUUAUGCAAAUCGAAAACAACGGCAACUCUUCAAUCCUGGGAAGUUUGCCAUUUUUAAUAGACAACGGAUUGUAUUCUGACUUUUUCAAUCCUACCGCUGCACGUGCUACAGUUCAAACGUAUUGUAACAGCAAUAUCGAAGACUCAUUCGAAUUCAAAGAAGGCUUUCAAGCGGAUUAUACCGGAACAGCAUUUACACUAGACAACACUGUUUGUAGCUCUCCGGAGAUUUCACCCAGUCAUAGUGCGUCAACUGUGGAAGACGUGUUUUGUAAUUACAACGGAAGUAUAAUUCAAGACUUUUACGAAUCCGACCAUUCAGGAUACUGUGGUGAUUCUGUAACAUCAACCGACCUUUCCCCAGAGUCGUUGAAAACACAAAAAGCAAGCUCCUGCAAUAAAUCUCAACAAGUUUUGAUUGUUGGAGUACCAGAAGUUGACGCUGUCACACAUAAAAUAAACGAGCAAGACGCGGAACAUUCAAUGAAAGAAUCUGAUAUUGUCACAACAUCUAGCCUCGUUAUUCAUCCCGAAAACAUAAUGAGUACAACUGCUUUAUCUGCAUACGCCACUCAGCAUAACAUGGCGGAUCACAUAGCAAUGUAUCCUCAUGCUCAGGCAUUGUCCCCAGAUAUCAAUUCGGUAAAUAAAAUAGUCAGCAGAAGUCAAUAUCAUGCAAGUAUGAGCGGCGAGGGAAAUUGUCGAGACAUAUCCGAUUACAACUCACAAUCUCGAACGUCACCUUCCGGAUAUCAGUCUGCAACGUCUCCAAUGUUACCUCCGCCGGCUUAUCAUCGUGAUUCGCCUGCUAACAGAAGACUUUCUACCGGAUCUUCUUCAGUUCCGCCUAGAGGAGAAUACAAUGGAAUGGAGGAUUUAGCACAAUAUAAUUCAGGGCCUUACUCAGCUCCAGGGGAAUUGCUGAGACCGAAGUGCGAACCUCAUAGCACUUCAUACUUACAGGAAGAAAAUUUGUCACCCGUUAUGAACAGCAUUCCCUCUCCAGUAAAUCAGGUUAACCAACAAGUCCGAGCUACGUACACAAGCAGGCAGUCACCUAUAUUCAAUGAAGCUGCGGAAUUCUCAAACAGUAUGUACUUCCCCGCCGAGAGAGGCGAUGCAAAAGCUAUUAAAAGCACAAAUUCUUAUGAUGUCAUAACUGCAAACUCAUAUCGGCAUAUGAAACAUCACGACUCAUCUCCUACGCAAUCAUCUAUUGCUCAGAAAGAAUCCGGAGAUUCGAGAAUGCGCGAAAUAAUGAAGAAAUCAGCAUAUGAUUUUUCCUCAUAUCCCUGUAGUUCGCGUCAAGGGGCAGACGAGGAUGAAUUUCAUCAAGAUUUGGGUAGAAAUGAGAUGAAUUCGCUUUCUCCGCGGAUAAAUUAUGUCGGGACUAAGGGGGAAAUCCCGUCUGCGUCAUUUGGUAGUGCAAAUGAUGUAUCUGGAUACUCUGAAACUGAAAUUGCUGGCUCGUCUAUGAAGAAUCACAGCCCUUCUAGUUCCCCGGUAAGCAACGCUCGAGCAAUUUUAAUGACCUACCAAGAACAUGGGUCUCGUCCAACAGAAAACAUUCCUUCAUUGGAACCGAGAACCCUGCAGUCGACAAUACCUGAACAGAUACAUCAGCAAACGUCAUCGUUAUAUUCUAUGUAUGCUGGUGAUAGAACAUACAUUCAAGGCGAAUACGCAAAUGUUCAUCCAAGUGAAAUGGGCCAAUCGGAUAUGUGCUCUCCCACCUCUAGCACUAAGACGGAUUUUAUAACUAUGAUGAACCGAAACCAAAAUACUAUUCCGUCUUCUAAUUACCAAUCGGCAGAAUUUGAGAAACACUGCAAUUUGUUUGGAUCCGUUGCUUUGGGACGUUCAGUAGAAAACGUAUUUCAACGACGCCCAGCCGAAUCAAUGACAACGGGACCAAGGUUUGUCGACCAACAAUCUUUUUCUGCGUUGGACAAAGGAAAUACCUUUAAAUCGUUAUUGGUCGGAUCAAACGUAUUCCGUCCUACUUUGUCGCUGGACGUCGACAGGAUAGCAGAAUCUAUUUCAAACUCACAUUCCAACUACGCAAAUGAUAUGCGAUUGAAGAUGGGACCUUCGGUGAAUGCUAUACGUAGUCAGUAUCAACUCCAUCAUCAAAUGGACGUAGGAAAUUCAGUCAUAUCUCAACAUUCUAUUCGACACUCCAAUGAAGGUUUAUGCGCAGUAUGCGGCGAUAACGCAGCUUGUCAGCAUUACGGAGUUCGUACUUGCGAGGGUUGCAAAGGAUUUUUUAAGAGAACUGUCCAGAAAAAUUCGAAAUAUGUCUGUCUUGCAAAUAAGAACUGCCCAGUCGAUAAAAGGAGACGAAAUCGGUGCCAGUAUUGCCGCUAUCAGAAAUGUCUUGCAGUUGGGAUGGUCAAGGAAGUGGUCAGAACUGAUCACCUAAAAGGAAGAAGAGGGCGAUUACCAUCAAAACCGAAAGGUCCUCAAGAUCCCGUAGCACCUCCCUCGCCACCUGUCAGUUUUAUCACGUCACUGGUACGAGCUCACGUCGAUACCAACCCUGCAAUAUCGAACACCGAUUUCUCGAGAUAUCGUCCUGCUACCAUGUCCUCGUAUUCACCAAUUUUGAGUGACGCUGACGAAACAAAAAACUUCUACAACUUGCUUGGAAGUUGUGCCAUGGUGGAAAAAGAUUUUGCCGAAAAGAUUCCUGGUUUCACGGAUCUGGAUAAAGACGACCAGGCUAUCCUCACCGACUCUGCAUUUGCUGAGAUAUUCGUUUUACGCAUGGCUUACAGAUCUGACUACCAAGAAGGGAAGCUUAUUUUUUCUAAUGGCGUAGCUUUGCAUCGUGAUCAGCUGUACCGCUCAUUUGGCGAAUGGAUCGAUUUGAUUAUGGAUUUUACCUGUUCCCUUAACGACUUGAACGUUGAUAUUUCGUCAUUUUCUUGUCUGCUUGCUCUCAUACUUUUCACAGAUCGACGUGGAUUGAAAGAUCCAAGGAAAGUCGAAGAAUUACAAAACAAGACUAUCGCUUCGCUGAAAAAUCACGUUACACAUAGUUCAGUUGCGUCAGAUAGGCCCAACUACUUCUCUAAGCUUCUUGAUAAGCUUCCAGAUUUACGUCUUGUUGCUGAUCACGGACGGCAAAGAAUAUUUCUACAUAAAAUGCAGAAUCUUGUUCCGUUUCCACAAUAUCUUGAUAGCAUUUUUCAAGAUACAACGUCCGCACCGUGAUUUUGAUUGCUGUCAGAUUUGACGACUUUGCUUGAGAGGUCAGGUUCUUCUAACCGAUUUCGGCAAGACUUUGCUAAGUUCUUGUGUAAUCAAGAAAUGGAUUGUUUGCCUAUGCAUGGUUAUAUGUCUCGAUACUGUUUUACCUGGUGAAAGCGCAUAAAAAUGAGUGGAACAUUUCAAUGUCGCUUACAAAUGUGAAUAAACAAUGAAUACUGGGGAUCGUUUGGCGAUGGAUGAUACUUUUGGAACGGAAAACGAAAAGAUUUUGUAAGUAAAACUCUGAAAAUUAUGCAAAGGAAAUUAUAUGAGGAAAUUAAGGAGUUUAUAACCUUAGUGCUAUUCUAAGUAUAUGCUGUUAAAAUGACCGUGCAGUACUAAACUUAUAUUCUUGAAGCUGGAUAAUUUUAUUUUUCACGUUUUUCUGUUAUUUUUUAUAUUUAAAUAUAAUUAUAAUAUCAUUAGUUGGGACGAUUGAAUCAAAAUUCAAUCAAAAUUUAGCUUGCAAUUUAUAUUUUGAACUUAAUUCUAUAAUAAUGUACAUAUAAAUAUGGCAUAUAAAUCUGAAAUUAUCAUAUUUUCUUGUUAUUUAAUGUAUAUUUUUACAUAAAUUUAUAAAAUGUAAUCAUUGGCAAAUGGAUAUUUUUUAACUUAAUUUCGUAGGUGAGAUAAAAUUAUUUUUGGUGUUCCAUUCGUACGACUAAUUCCAAAACUUGUGUGCUUAAAUAUUAAAGUUUCAAUUUUGCUCAUUUCUGUAAUAAGUUGUUUAUGUUUAGCCAAGUAUUUCAUAUUAAUUUUUUUUUUAGUUCUUGAUAAAAUGAUAUUCAUCACGCAGUAAAAUAUGAUUGGGCCACGUAGAUUAUAUACUGUAUAUGUAAAAUGAUGUUGUAUUUGUUGUGAAUAUUCCACAGCAUAUAUAGCAUGUAAAGGCCGCGUUCACGAUCUUUAAAUAAUUUGAAAGCAGUUAUUUUUAUUUUUUCGAUCAGAUUUGAAGUUUCCUAAAGUUUCAACCCAAAGAAAACUAACUGUAUCUGCGACCUGAAAUAAAUAUAGUUUAUGGAUAUCCUUCAAGCUCAUAUUUUUAUUUAAAACUGAUCUUUUUUUAUUGCUAAAACUAUUAGCUUUCCCUGUGAAUGAGAUUGAAGUUUCAACAUGCACUGCCUUUGUGUUGCAUAUUUUUCUAACACGAAUUAUCAGAAAUCUUUUUGUUUUAAAAUAAAAACAUAUUUAAACGCGUAA